AUGGCGGUCGACGAACCCCUCCGGAUGGACACCCCGACUCUUGCCGAGCGCGACCAGCAGCUCAAGACGGAGCAAGGCGUUUCCGACGUUUCCCCCAUGCGCCUCCGUAUGGAGAAGUUCGCCAAGGAGCAGCAGAAGGCCAUUGUACGGGCUCUGGAAGAGGUGGACGGCACCCGGUUUCGAGUGGACGAGUGGCAACGCAAGGAGGGCGGCGGCGGCAUCACCUGUGUCCUCCAGGAUGGUAAAAUCUUUGAGAAGGCCGGUGUCGGUGUCAGUGUCGUCUAUGGCACUCUACCGAAGCCAGCCAUUCUCAAGAUGCGCGCAAACCACAAGAACAUCGCCGACGAGAACAACAUCCCCGACAGCCUCGAGUUCUUCGCCGCAGGGCUCAGCUUGAUCGUGCACCCGAGGAACCCCAUGGCGCCGACGGUACACCUCAACUACAGAUACUUUGAGACAGCCAACCCUGACGGGUCGUCGGGCGCGUGGUGGUUCGGCGGCGGCUGCGAUCUCACACCGAGCUACCUCUUCGACGAGGACGCAGUACAGUUCCAUAAGUCGCUAAAGGAUGUGUGCGACAAGCACGACAAGGGCUACUACCCGAAAUUCAAGAAGUGGUGCGACGAGUAUUUCUACAACAAGCACCGCGGCGAGUCGCGGGGCAUCGGGGGUAUCUUCUUUGACGAUCUCGACGAGACGGUUUCGGACCGAGAGAACCUAUUCGCCUUCGUCCAGGACUCGCUCAAGUCAUUUUUACCGACUUACAUUCCUAUCGUGAACAAGCGUAAGGAUAUGGCGUUUACCGAGCAAGAGAAAGAGUGGCAGCAGAUUCGCAGGGGCAAAUACGUCGAGUUCAACUUGGUGCACGACCGAGGGACUGCGUUUGGGUUGAAUACGCCGGGGGCUCGUGUAGAGAGUAUUCUGAUGAGCUUGCCCCUCACGGCAAGCUGGAAGUACAUGUACGAGCCAGAGCCGAAGAGCAGAGAGGCACGGCUGGUUGAGGUGUUGCAAAACCCUAAGGAAUGGGUAUAG